CCGCCUCCUACCCCCGCCCUUGGCACCCCGGUUCUCCACCUCCCGCCCUCACCCCGGCUUUCAGCUUACCGACCCCGGCCUUCAGCUCCCCGCGCCCCAUCCUCACCCCAUCACCUUCGGCUUCCGGCCCUCCGCGCCCCGGUGCUCGGCCCGCUCCAGAACAGCCCCGGCACAGCGCCGGAGACCUCGCAGCCACUUCGCGCCGGUCGCGUCCCCGCCUCAGGCCUGGCUUCUAGUCUCUAAUGGCUCCUCCCGUUCUCACAGACGGUUCAGUUCUGAUCACCCCCUCUUAGGCUCCGCUGGUCUGGGGCGUAGGCCCGGGCGAGGUACGGGGGAGGGAAACGCAGCGCUGGGGUUGGGGGCGAGCCCGGGACAGAUGGGGCAGGCCCCCUCCUGCGGCCAAGGCAGACUUUACAGGAUCAGGACUGGGUUUAGACUGCAGAAGGAGACAGAAUCUGAGCGUCGCCGGGUUUCACGACUGUCCCCCUUUUAGGUGGCCUCAUCACAGACUUGUCAAAAGCGUGAACAUAAAUGGCUGUUCCUUAAGUGGGGCAGGCAGCCAAGGCGGUGGGUCUCUGGGAGAGGAUGGUGAUCCCCUGGCGCUUCUCUGUCAGAGUCUGCUUGUCACACCUAAGAUGUUUUGAGCUCAGAAAGGGACUUGGCCUGUUAAGAUCCUCCAGGUGCUGUCAUAAUGCCAGACUUUGUUGGUUUCUGCUGGGCACUUUACCCAAGCUCAUCUCAGCCCAGGAGAACAUUGGUGAAGGGACCGCUGAGAGCUUUUGUCAGCAAAGGGCUGACUGGAGUGACCUGGCUGAAAAUGGGUCAGUGGAGAGAGUCUCCCAAGAUGGGCUGAUAGGCUGCCUCUUCCUGCACCUCCGUAUUUGUUUCCGGGCUGGGGUUCUCUUUGUGAAAUUCUUUCCCCUCCUUCUCCUCUACCCUCUCACCUACCUGGCUCCCAACAUCUCCAACCUCUGGCUCUACCUACUCCUGAAAGCCACGGAGACCUCAGGCCCAACAUACAUCAAACUGGGCCAGUGGGCCAGCACCCGGCGAGAUCUCUUUUCAGAAGCUUUCUGUGUCCAGUUUUCUAAACUGCAUGUCCGAGUGACCCCUCACCCUUGGACUCAUACUGAACACUUCCUCCAGCAGGCAUUUGGAGAGGACUGGGGGAAAGUCCUCUGCUUUGAGAAUCAGGAACCUGUGGGUUCAGGCUGCGUGGCCCAAGUGUACAAGGCGUAUGCCAAUGCUGCCUUCCUAGGGAAUGACAGCCUCCAGAAACUUGUCAAGGCCUGUAGCCUGGAGCCUUCCCCGGAAGCCUGGAAGGUCUUUGGACACUUUGGGAAGGGGUGGAAGCCUGAAGGAAGUCUUGCUGACCAGUUGUUUCUAGAAAGGCUGCUCUUCCCUAAAGCUGACCUGAUUGGAUCAAAUGCGGUCAUGUCUCAGGCUUCAUUCCCUGCCCGGCAACCUAAGCCAAAUCACCUCAUCCCUGUGGCGGUGAAAGUAUUGCACCCCGGCCUGCUCUCUCAGGUACAUAUGGACCUGCUGCUGAUGAAGAUUGGCAGCCAACUCCUUGGAUUUUUGCCAGGAAUCAAGUGGCUUAGCUUGCCUGAAGUUGUGGAGGAAUUUAAGAAGCUGAUGGUCCAACAGAUUGACCUGCGUUAUGAAGCUCAGAAUCUAGAACACUUCCAGAACAACUUCCUGAAUGUGAAUUCUGUCAAAUUCCCCACUCCUCUGCAUCCCUUUGUCACCAGAGAUGUCUUGGUGGAAACUUAUGAAGAGAGUGUACCUGUGUCUACUUACCAGCAGUCAGGGAUUCCUGUUGACCUGAAGAGGAAGAUUGCACAGCUGGGGAUCCACAUGCUCCUGAAGAUGAUAUUUGUGGACAACUUUGUCCAUGCGGAUCUUCACCCUGGGAACAUCCUGGUCCAGGGUGCCAACGGUCUUCCCAAGAGCCCCGAGGCUCAGCUGCAGCAGGAGGAGGUCUGUGGCACGCUGGCAGUGGCUGUGAUGCCUGCCCUCUGCCCUCUGCGGUUGGUGCUGCUGGAUGCCGGCAUCGUGGCCAAGCUGCAGGCGGCUGACCUGAAGAACUUCCGGGCGGUCUUCACAGCUGUGGUGAUGGGGCAGGGCCAAAGAGUGGCUGAGCUCUUCCUGCAUCAAGCCCGGGCCAGUGAAUGUAGAGACCUGGAGGGAUUCAAGGCCGAGAUGACUGCCCUGGUGACCCAGGCCCGGAAAAAUGCCAUCACUCUGGAAAAGAUUCAAGUUUCCAGCCUCCUCUCCAGUGUCUUUAAGUUACUGAUGGCGUACAAGGUAAAGCUUGAGAGUAACUUUGCCUCAAUUGUGUUUGCAGUCAUGGUGUUAGAGGGGCUUGGCCGCUCACUGGACCCCAAACUGGAUAUACUGGAGGCAGCAAAGCCCUUUCUUUUUAAAGGGCCAGCAUCCUCUGCCUGACUGGCAGGAACACUGGGCAGGCCUUUCCCUGAGAACUGUAGGUUGCACCUAACAGCCUUUCUUUUGGCAGUUUGGACAUUUGAAGAUUGGGAUUGCUUGGAGGACACACAUUUUUUUCCCACUCUUGAUUUGCUUUCAGGCAUUUCUUUUAAAAGCUUUGGAUUAUUUGGGGAAGUAAAGGGAGGGAAAGGUCCUAUCCUUCAGUCAUGGAAGCUGGGCCUGGUAUCAAGGAUAUUUAUAUUUCAGGGGCAAUGUUAUGUGGAGGAAGAAUAAAAUUACUUUUAUUUUGUUUCCUUUUCUCUCUUCUCUUCUUAACUCUAUACUCCCUGUAUUAGUUAGGGCUCUCUAGGGAAACAGAACCA